UCCCGAACAAAGCUGCCAAGAUGGCGGUCGAGUUUGAUGGUGAUAGAAUGCUUAAAAACAAUCAUAAUACAAAUUCUGUGCACCCAAAAAGACCGCUUUGUGCUUGCACAUCAUACAGCUGCAACAAACUUUUCUUGUUUUUGCACUCAUGUUUUUUCGUGGUAAUUGGAGCAGGUUUAUUGCUGGUAGGAGCUUGGAUAGAGUUACAGAACAAGGAUUAUGAGUCUGUUAACAAGGUGCUGUUUAUACCAGCUCUCAUGCUUAUGUCAGUGGGUUUUGUUAUCAUGAUUAACUCAUUAAUCGGUGUAGCCGGCACAGUCAGAGAGAAUAGCUGUCUCCUUAAAACAUUUCUGGUGGUUACAGUGCUUGCAUUCUUCACUCAAAUUGCUAUUGGCGUGUUAGCAUUUGUACACAGACAGAAGGUCCCUGAUUUAGUGAGCAACAAUUUUAUGUUCCUUGUUGAAGAGUAUCAUCAGAACCAGUAUUACAGAAUGGCUGUAGAUCAUGUCCAAGUUGGUUUUCAUUGUUGUGGAUUUGAUUCGUACAUGGAUUAUGAUAACAACUCGCAGUUCACCUGCAGCUCUACUUUACCUCAACAAUGCGGAGUACCUUGGUCAUGUUGUAAAAAACCUCGGGAAGGUGGAUUUAAAGUGAAAUGUGGAUAUGGAACCAGAUAUAACUCAACUAUGCCUGUAGACAAGAUAAAUACAAUGGGUUGUACAGAUGUAUUUCUAACAUGGCUCAGCUGGAACCUUGAUAUGGUGGGCAUAGUAGGACUUGGAUCUUCUAUUCCACAGAUUGUUGGUAUUUUGCUGGCAUAUUUUUUCAUACGUCAAGUUAGAGAGAUGAAGAUGUGGUAUCGAGUAGGCAUGUGAAGAGUGAAGUGGUCAUCAGCAAGAUUACAACAGCUAUCCUGAAUCAGAUCAGCACAUUUACAGCUGAAUUAAUAUUGCCAAAAUUUAUACAACCUUCGAAACAACAAGAUAAGAG